UAUUUAUCAGUCUUUACUAGAAAGGCGUAAGUAUACAUCGUGUUCAAUUUAAUACGUAUAGAAAAGUUUAAGUGUCUGUAAACAAAAUUUAUCGCAAUGAGAUAUAAUGAACUCGGUGCUACGGGACUCAAGGUCUCCCAUAUCAGCCUAGGUGGAGCGGCAUUUGCCAACAUAUAUGGAACAUUCGAUGAAAACAGGAGUUUGCAAUUAAUAAAGGAGUCUCUCAAACGUGGUAUAAACUACAUAGAAACAGGCCCAUGGUACGGUCAAGGUAGCUCCGAGAGGACUAUUGGAAAGGCGCUCCAAGGUGUCCCCAGAGAGACAUAUUUCAUCGGCAGUAAAGUCGGACGGUAUGAAAAGGAGACAGAAAAAAUGUUUGAUUUCAGUGCAGAAAAAACCGAAUUUAGUGUGGACAACACGCUGAAUCUCCUUGGAUUGGAUUAUGUGGACUUAAUUCAGGUUCACGAUCCGACGUUUGCUCCAGACACCUCGAUAAUAUUGAAAGAAACGUUGCCUGUUUUAGAAAAGGCAGUAAGAGAUGGCAAAGCCAGAUAUAUAGGUAUAGCCGAUUAUGAUAUCGAUCUGAUGAAAGAGAUAGUUGAGGAAUCGGACGUGAAAAUAUCUUCGGUGUUGUCUUAUGCAAAGUCAACGCUCAUAGAUAAUCGGUUGCAGAAUUACACCAAGUACUUUAAGAGCAAAGGCAUUGGAGUAAUAAAUGCAGCGGCGACUGGUAUGGGAUUGCUCUCUAAUAAGGGACCCCAGCCAUGGCAUCCAGCUAGUGAUGACAUUAAAGCUAUCUGUAAGAAAGCUUCCGAAUAUUGUAAGGCGCAGAACGUAGAACUAGCACGCAUUGCAACUUGGUACACCCUCAAUCAGCCCGAUAUUGACACUAAUAUCUGCGGUUUCUUUAACGUGGAGCAAUUGGUUGACAGUAUAGAGGUAUUGGACAACGGUCUGACUGAUCUUGAGAAAAAAGUAUUGGCUGAAUUACAAGUUAGGUUCUUCGACAAAGUCAAGUUCCACUGGGACGGGGUGGAGCUACCAGUAUACAAAGCUAAACUCAAGGAAAUACUUGGCAAAUAAACUAAUGGAUUAUAUAAACCCACCUUAUAAUAUUCUUCCCAUUCUUUUAUUUUUGAUAGCUGUUUAAAAACUACUGUACGGACUUCGUAGUCAACUUUAGUAUCUUUUUUCUUUAUUCUUAUUUCUUACCUAAUAAAGAAAUACCAUAAUUAAUAUUUACACAAAUAAUCCUUUGCUAAUAUUAUAAAUGUGCAAGUAUGGAUAAGUUUGCUUCUUUACUAACUAAAAACUAGCGUCUUAACGGCUUAACCAAUCUCUAUGAAAUUUGGUACAGGAACAUACUAUAUGGGAUGGAGAAGAAUAUAGGUUACUUCUUAUCCUAGUCAGGUGGAAGAAGUCGCGUGUAAAAGCUAAUAAAUUAUAAAUAUAAAAGUAAGUUUGUCGGUUACCUCUUGGUGAGUCAGUGUCAGUGACCAACCAAUGAUCGUGAUAUUUAUACACGUAGUAGAUAUUUAGCUUGAAGAAAAACUUGGGAUAAUUUUUGUUCCUGUCACGUGGAUAAAGCUGCAGAUACAACUAAUUACAAAACAUUUAACUAUCAAAAAAAAUAAAAGAAUGGAAUAUAAUAAGGUAUUAAAUACACAUACAUGUGAGCAUACAAGGUUAUUAUGGACUUUAUUGUUAUCGUAAAUAAAAAUAAUGUUUAUUAUGA